GAAGAAAUAUUUGGCUCGGUGCUUCUUGUGAUUCCAUUUGAUACCGAAGAUGAGGCGAUUGAGAUAGCAAAUGAUACGACGUUAGGCCUUGCCGCGGGGCUUUUUACCAAAGACUUGGCCCGAGCUCACCGUGUUGCUGAUCGCCUUCAUGCUGGAAACGUCUAUGUAAAUACCUACAAUGAUGUUUCGCCAUUCGUGCCGUUCGGGGGUUAUGGCGAUUCCGGCUUCGGACGUGAGAAUGGCACUGCGGCCCUUGAACAUUACUCUCAAAUAAAAUCUGUGUUUGUUUCGAUAGCGCCAAAGUUGGAAAAUCCAUUC